UUUCUCUCUCUCCAAAGAUUUCCAUACUUUUCAUACGCCAAAAAAGACCAGCUCUUCGGGGGUCCCAAAGGCUCGAACGAUACAUCCAACGCUCUGCCCCUCCUCGGCUCUCUCCCUUCAAAUCUCCUCCCCCUCACAGAGAUUCCGACGCCUGAGAGAAGAGAGAGAUGGCUUUUUCCUCUCCGAAAUGCCCGUCUUCCUGGUUUGCCCUUCCCCCCUCUCCUGGGCCCAGAAGCCGGCGGGUGGCGGCGGCUUCGCCCUCCCCGUCCUGUCCUCCCCUUCCAAGGCGGUUCUUUUCGGAGAAGAUUCCCUCCCAAUCGCCUAGAAAUCGGCACUGGAACGUUGUUUCCAUGCACGAGGAAGAGCCAGGUUCUGAAUUUGAGGAUUUGUGGGCACUGGCAUGUCCUUCUCUCAAAAUACUAGAUGCCUGGCUGGCUUUGAUAAAGAGUGUUAUAAUCCAUAUUAGUAGACCAAAAACACCUGGUCAUAAAGCUGCAACCGUACCUGUUUCCCCUGAAAAAGAAAUUGAUUUGAAGAAAGUGGAAAAUGGUGUGUCAUCAGCUAUAUCUGCAGAGGAGCAUCGAGAUUUAGCAAUACUUAAUACUAGUAAGAAGGACUCUACAGUUAGUAUCACUGUAGUUGGAGCCUCUGGAGACCUUGCUAAGAAGAAGAUAUUUCCUGCACUAUUUGCACUUUAUUAUGAAGACUGCCUCCCUGAGCAUUUCACGAUUUUUGGCUAUGCUCGGAGUAAGAUGACAGAUGCUGAAUUAAGAAACAUGGUCAGCCGAACACUCACUUGCAGAAUAGAUAAAAGGGAGAAUUGUAGUGAAAAGAUGGAGCAGUUUUUAAGCAGAUGUUUUUACCAUUCAGGUCAAUAUGGUUCUGAGGAAAAUUUUGCAGAGUUAGACAAAGAGCUAAAUGAACAUGAGGCUGGGAGGCUUUCAAACCGCCUCUUCUAUCUAUCAAUACCUCCAAAUAUAUUUAUAGAUGUGGCAAAAUGUGCAAGCAAGUCAGCUUCUUCUGCAAAUGGCUGGACGAGGGUCAUAGUUGAGAAACCCUUUGGUCGGGAUUCUGAGUCUUCAGCUGCAUUGACACGGGGCCUGAAACAGUACCUAGUGGAGGACCAGAUUUUCAGAAUUGACCACUACUUGGGGAAGGAACUGGUUGAAAACCUAUCUAUUCUUCGCUUCUCAAAUCUUGUUUUCGAGCCUCUGUGGUCAAGACAGUAUAUAAGAAAUGUACAAUUAAUCUUUUCUGAAGACUUUGGAACCGAAGGACGAGGAGGGUACUUUGAUAACUAUGGUAUCAUCAGAGACAUCAUGCAGAAUCAUCUGCUUCAGAUAUUAGCCUUGUUUGCGAUGGAAACUCCUGUCAGCUUGGAUGCAGAGGACAUCAGAAAUGAGAAGGUGAAAGUUCUACGCUCUAUGAGGCCAUUGCAACUAGAAAAUGUGGUGAUAGGGCAAUACAAAAGCCACACAAAGGGUGGCAUUACAUACCCGGCAUACACAGAUGAUAAGACUGUUCCCAAGGACAGCCUGACUCCGACAUUUGCUGCUGCCGCCCUUUUCAUAGAUAAUGCGAGAUGGGAUGGAGUGCCAUUUCUUAUGAAGGCUGGAAAAGCAUUGCAUACUAGGCGAGCAGAGAUUAGAGUACAGUUCAGGCAUGUUCCUGGUAAUUUAUACAAGAGGAGUUUUGGGACAGACCUUGAUCGAGCUACAAAUGAGCUUGUGAUCCGGGUGCAACCCGAUGAGGCUAUCUACUUAAAAAUCAAUAACAAAAUCCCUGGUUUGGGGAUGAGAUUGGAUCGAAGUAAUCUGAAUCUGCACUACGCAGCAAGAUAUUCAAAAGAGAUACCAGAUGCUUAUGAGAGGCUUCUGCUUGAUGCCAUCGAAGGGGAACGGAGGCUUUUCAUUCGCUCCGACGAGCUGGAUGCUGCUUGGGCGCUCUUCACUCCAUUGCUGAAAGAGUUGGAGGAGAAAAAGAUAGCUCCGGAGCUUUAUCCUUACGGGAGCCGAGGGCCAGUUGGUGCACACUACCUUGCUUCCAAGUACAAUGUUAGGUGGGGCGAUCUCAGUUCUGAGCACUAACAAAUGUGAUUCCUUGAAAAAUUAUAGUCUGAGGUUGUAUUCGUAUCCCAGAAAGUGUGGAGAUGGGUGGAAAUGUGCAAGAAUAAGGUGAGAAAAUCCUUUCUAUAAGGAAUAGGCUGUGUUUGUUAUGUAUUGUUUAAGAUGGCAUGGAUAUUUAAUCCUUCUCAUAAAAAUUUUGUAUGCCAAUCUUGUACCAAUAGGGAACUUAAAGUUGCUAAGGAUCAAGGCUAAUAAUUCUUUGGAAAAUAGCAAGAGUGUUGAGGGAAUGCGAUCAUUACCUUUUGUA